CUACAAAUCGUAUCAAUCGGUCGUCAUACUCGUAGAAAGUAGCAACGAUGGGCUUCUACUCUAUCCAACCGCUACUUCUGUUCCUUAUCGCGUUUGCAAUCGCUCAAGCCUCGGCCAAAUCAUGUGAAACGGAGGACUACGAGGAAGGAAACUGUGUUUCGAUUCAAAAAUGCGAAAAAUUCGUAGAAAUGAUGUCCCAAGGGAUUUCCCAAGGACAGCAACGUCUGGUGGACCGUGAACAGGAAAAGUGUGCCGACACCGGCGAAGAAGGAUCGAUCUGCUGUAAACGGAAGCAACGACCCGAGAUACCGAGGUUCGUUGAAGACGUUAAGCCUUUAACCAAGAGCCUGUACGAGCUUCUGCCGGAUUCCAGUGUUUGCGGGGUGGACAGUCCCGAUCGGAUCUUUUAUGGAAAUGAGACCUAUCUGGAUCAGUUCCGUUGGCUGGCGUUGAUCAUGUACGUUGGAGAAGACGACAAGGAAUACUUCGGCUGCGGUGGAUCGUUGAUCAACCCUCGCUAUGUUCUGACGGCUGCUCACUGCAUUAAAAAUAAUGUUGCUGGUGUUCGUCUGGGUGAAUGGGACCUUACCACUGAUCCUGAUUGUGUAAUGCGGCAAGGCAAGGAACAGUGUUCUAAUCCUGUGAUUGACGUCGGAAUCGACAAGAUCAUUCGACACAAAAAGUAUAAAUUCUCCUGGUACAAACCGAGCAACAUCGAUCUGGCAUUGUUCCGUCUGGAUCGAGACAUUGCCUACAACAAGUACAUUGUGCCGAUUUGUCUGCCAAAGUCGGAAGAAGAUGCUCAGAUUAACGCCGACAAACCAAUGUAUGUGGCGGGUUGGGGAAAGACUGAAACCGGCGAGACCAGUAAGCGGAAAUUGUUUGCCGAUGUAAGCCUGGUUGAUCUGGACGAGUGUCGGGAAAUUCACAAGUCACCGUUGAUCAAGUUUCAUCAGUCGAUGAUCUGUGCCUUGGGCGUUGGUGGAAAGGAUUCAUGUCAAGGCGAUUCCGGAGGUCCAUUGAUGGAUAUUCAGAAAACAGCGGAAGGAGCAGAACGAUACUUUCUCAAAGGGGUGGUUAGCGUGGGGGCAUCCUGUGGAACGACCAAGCCGGCCUUUUAUAUAGAUGUGCACAAGAACAUCGAUUGGAUUAUUUCCAACAUGGAGGUGUGAUAUUGAUAUAGAAGAUAAAGCUAGAUGCAUAUACGUUUGAACGAAAUUCCGCAUGAUAAUAAUAGGUAUUUAGUCAAAAAGAAUCGGAACAGAUUUAUUAAAAUUACGAGUAGAAAUAAACGAACGAAUAUUAUUGAUA